GCAUUUCUUUGUUGUUGGCCUUGUUUAGAUGCUGUGAAAAGACCAUGGAGGUGAUGAGGAGCUCCCAGGAAGCCCUUCUCACUAUAGUGGAGGUGCUGCUGUAUGAUCCACUGUUCGACUGGACCAUGAACCCACUGAAGGCCUUCUACCUGCAGCGGCAGCACGAGGAGCAGGCUGACCUCAAUGCCACGCCCAGCACCACUCUGGGUGGGGACGACCUGGAGGCCCAUCACAAGCCCAGCAGUGACACCCAGAGCUUCAACAAGGUGGCGGAGCGAGUCCUGCUGCGCCUACAGGAGAAGCUGAAGGGUGUGGAGGAGGGGGCAGUGCUCAACGUGAGCGGCCAGGUCAACCUGCUCAUCCAGCAGGCCAUGGACCCGAAAAACCUCAGUCGCCUCUUCCCAGGCUGGCAGGCCUGGGUAUAGCAGCUACAAGGGGGCGCAUGACUGCUACCAACGGCACAAAUCUCCACCCCUUCCACAGCUGGUUUCCUUGUGUGUUUGUGGUUUUUUUCCCUGUUUGCAUAUUCAAAGGAUUUGCAUAUCUUCUCAAUAUCAGUGUGUUCAGUUGUACACAGUAUGAGUGUGUGCAUUUUACACACACAUAUGGUCACAUCAUACGAUUGCAUUUUAUGAUCACGUUAUAUACUGUAAAAAUCCUAUACAUUGUCAUACAAAUUUGUACUUUUUUAUGUACAGCCAGCAGUAAUGUGGCUGACAUUAGCUAGCACACAAAAUUCCAAUGAAGUAUAUACAGUUGGCUGUCCUUUCAGUAAAAGGCCUCAAUGUGCUAGACAUUAAAAAACCCACAUUAAUGUAAUUUUCUAGAUAAAAUGUUAUAGAAUGGAACUUUCUGCACACAGGAGAAAUGCAUUUUAUUGUCAGCAAACCCUUUCUCUGGUCUAUCCUCUGGGUUCAGCGAUACAUGAAUUGGGGAAUGUAUUGACACUGAGUGUAUUUAGAUUUAUUAGCACUCUGACCAAAAUAAGUAGCCAUAGACUUAGCAUUAAUUAUAAGUGCAUACAUUGGUUUCAUUAGGAAUAGACUGUAAGGCAAGCGCUGAAGGCAAACUCAUGUUGAAACAGUAAAUCUUGCACUGGUUGUGUGUGCUUAUCUGAGAUCAACUUUGUGUGCUCAUACUGCAAAACUCACCUUGUAUUUGUGGGUACAACAUUCUAGCAGUGCUCAGUCCUUUGACCUCUGCAUGCAGCUACGACAAAAGGCCUUACAGUCAAGACAUACAAAGGAAAACCACGCUUAAAGCAUUGUACAGGAUAUAUUUGUCCAUUAGAAACGCUCUGUGAAUGGUGCUGUUUCAGUGGAAUGACUGAAAUGUUGAGUAGGUUUAUGACAGUAUUGCAACACUGAGCACUUGAUAAGAAGCUCUAAUCAAACCCCAGUGUUUUUGGGUGUAUAUGUACCUAAGUAUAUGAAUGUUCCAAAGUAUUUUGUUGCUAAAAUGCUAUGAGAUUUCUUUGGCACAUGAGUCCCUGGAUGUCUGAAAGAGAAAUAUGAGGUCAUAUUGUAUCACCUUAAGUUUUAUGUUGAACAUGUGAAUGUAAAAACUACCGGGGGAAAAAAACUUUUCCAUUUGCAGUUUCAGUGUUUGUAACGUCUAUGCUUGAACCAUGGUAAGCGUUGUUCAAGACUUUAAAUAAAUCAGUUUCUUCAUCUUAAUUUUCUGCUACCCUCCCUGUCACCCCAAAUGUACAUCCCCAAUUCAGACCCAACUAUGUGGUGGGGGAGGGAGUUGAGCACAUGCUGAAAUGCAUAAUUUGAUGUACUGUUCUAUUUUUACUGCAUCCUGUAUGUAGAUGUUUUUUCUGACAUUGAUAAUUGCAUUUGAAAUUGCAAUAAUUUUUUUUCAAACAAGAUAUCUUUGGAACGCAGUUGCUAGCAUCUUUGUACUUCCUCUUUUCUCUUCCUCAAAGUGAUUGUUUUUGGACCCUCAGAAAUUACUUGACCUAUAAUUGUGGCACUGGCAUUUUUCGUACACAUUGUUUUAAUUAUUUCAGUAUGAGUGGCGGUUUCAGGUGGUGAAGGAUUUAACCAUUCGCUGCAGAAAGGCUUAUGUGGCUUGUGCGCGAUCUUAAACAAGCCGACGGAUUUUCCU